CAACAAACUCACAAUAUCCGGGAAUGUGUGUCGUCGUUUUUUACCGAGCAAAAGAAAUAUUGUGAUUAGAAAUUGUGCUUUUCUGGUUCUCUCUUUCUCACUCGAUGAUGAAUCCCCAAAUAGAGAAGGUGGUGAAGGUAACGACAGUGGUGGCGACCACCGUUGUAUCCUACUUCCUCUUAACCGCUGAUUAUGGUCCCGAACCUAACGCUCUUGAUCCUAUCAGAGAGAGAAUAUUGUCAGCCCAAGAUUCCGUGAAAGAGUUCAUCUUUCCAUCAAAGAAGCGCCCCGACAAGUGACAAUGAAAAAGUAAGAUGCAGCUGACCAUGAUUUGAGUGUCUGGUUUCCAGCGUCUCGUUUUCUGGCUAACAAAGAGGUUCAUCUGCUUUCUUAGUGCUCCAGUUGGUAUCCUCCGUUAAACUUGCAAGACUUUUGAGUUAUGUCAAUAAAGUAUAGCAACAAGUAAGUAGAUCAUCUGGAUUUUAUCUUUGUAUAAUAACCAAACCAAUUCCACCCGAUCAGUUAGCUAUUUCGGUAUCAGUUCCGUUCAAGGAAUCGAAUAUGUCAAAGUCCCCUUUUUCAAUAAAGUAUGCUCUAGUUGUGUGUACUA